ACCUAGCUUGGUCAUGGUCGAAAUCGAAGUGGAAGAACAGAAGGCCACCCUACCCGACGAGGAAACCGGCUCGACACCAGCGGAAGAUGUCGCUGCUCAGAAGCGCAAGGCGUCAUCUCCCCCAUUAACCGCCCAAGACGCAUCACCAUCACCCAAACGGCAAAAGAUCGAUGACGAGUCGGAGGAUGCACUGCAGGAGACCGAAGUGAACCAAGUCGCUAACGUCCCUACACGAGCGUCGGACAAUCAGGAUGCGGUCCGGGAGGAUGAGCCGACUGGCAGCAAGACAGCCCGACCACGAGCAAUACCUUCGAAGGAAGAGGAGAAGAAGCGCGGUCAACGGCUGUUCGGCGGCUUGCUAAGCACACUUAGUCAGACCUCGAGCACCAGUUCCCAGCAGAAGCGACGCAGAGAGAUCGAGCAACGACAGCAAGAAAGGGCACAGAAACAGAAGGCCGAGGGAGAACGGCGCCUCUCUGAGAGGUUAGCCGCGGUCAAUGCGGUUCGGCAAGAGGAGCAGAAACCUUUCGAAGAGAAAGUGAUGAAGACACGCCAUGCGAACCUCCUGGCCCGGGCUCACUCUCUGCAGACCAAAGCAGAACCUCAAAUUUACUACCGGCCGUGGAAGCUUAACCGGAAACAAGCAGACACGAUUGACGAACAAAUUUCGGCCGCCAAAGCAAUUAUAUCAAGGGAAGUUGAAGAACUCGAGCUCCGCAAAGAAGAGUAUGACAGGAGACAUGGCCACCGCAGGCCUGACAACAUGAAGAGGCGAGAUGAGAAGCCGACGGAGGUGGUGGGAGCCGCUGAUAGUUUAGCGUCCGCGCCCCCCGAUGUCCAUGCAAAAGCUGCUAACGCGUCGCCGGGCCAUAGCCGUAAAGGGAGCCAUGAUAGCAAGGAUCAUGAUGAGUCUGGCGAUAUCGUUGUGGAGGGCGAGGAGGAUACAGUAAUGUACUAAUGCCAUCAGAUCGACGAACGUGGCAGCUUUUUCUUUCGGGGUAUGCGCCGGCAACCAGGGACACGCGUUUCUUCCAAUCCCCGCCCGCUCUAACAUACCCCGGUCCCCCUUACUUUCAUACUGCUAUCCUUCUGUUCUCGAUGGUCGCUUUGGAGGUUGGGACGAUGUUUUUUUAAAAGAUAUGCAAGUGGGAUGCGAGGAGAUGAUGUACAAGUACUCCGUACCUAGUAUGGUCUGUACAGUGUACGUCCGUCCUCGCAGGUGGCGUAAGAGCGAGGAUUCACUAAGGUACACGGAUAUCGCGUAGAUGAUACCGCCACCACCCACCGCCAUAUGAUACCGUAAGGUACCUACCUAUGCAAGUCAAACGUCAAGCUAGUCCGAAU